AUGGCCUCUUCGUCUUCAAUGCAGAUGGUUCACACUUCUCGCUCCAUUUCUCAGAUUGGUUUUGGUGUGAAGUCGCAGUUAAUUGCCGCAAACCGAACAUCUCAAUCAGUUUGCUUCGGAGCUCGUUCCUCUGGAAAUGCAUUAUCUUCGAGACUGCACUAUGCAGCAAGUUUCCCCAUCAAGCAAAUUUCCGCAGCUUCUUCAACCACCAAGCACCAGAGAGCGUUCUCUGUUAAAUCAAUGGCGGCUGAGAAAGAAGUGCUACCAGAACCUCAAGCUAAAGUGACAAACAAGGUUUUCUUUGAUUUGGAAAUUGGAGGAGAAGUCCUUGGAAGAAUUGUCAUGGGUCUCUUUGGUGAAGUCGUGCCUAAAACCGUCGAUAACUUCCGUGCCUUGUGCACUGGUGAGAAGAAAUACGGGUACAAGGGCUCAACGUUUCACCGUGUUAUCAAGGAUUUCAUGAUCCAGGGAGGCGAUUUCACCGAGGGAAAUGGUACUGGAGGUAUUAGUAUCUACGGAAGAACUUUCGAUGAUGAAAACUUCACAUUGAAGCACACCGGACCUGGAAUCUUGAGCAUGGCAAAUGCUGGUCCUAACACUAACGGAAGCCAGUUUUUCAUUUGUACCAUCAAGACUGAUUGGUUAGAUAACAAGCAUGUUGUGUUUGGCCAAGUGAUAGACGGCAUGGAUAUUGUGAGGAAAGUCGAGUCUCUGGAGACACGCUCCAUGAAUAUUCCCAAGAAAACUGUCAGAAUCUAUGCCUGCGGAGAGCUCCCGAUCGAUGCUUGA